AUGUCAUUACUUCAAGAAUCAUUCAAAAUUUUGAAUGAUCAUCAAAGUAUCCGCUUCUUCAACAUUAUCCUUGGUGCUUCGCAAGUUUUCGGCAUAUGUGCGAUUUUUCUCGUCACACUAUGGAUGGCUGGUUUUGAUGAUGAAUUUGCAACUGGCCUUCAAUUUCACUAUCAUCCAACAUUCAUGGUAAUGGGAAUGAUUUUUUUAGCUGGCAAUGGAAUAUUGGUUUAUAGAGUGUUUCGCCAUGAACGAAAACGUUUCUCCAAGUUGCUUCAUUUAACAUUACACACAGUGGCACUUGUUUUUGCUACGAUUGCACUGAAAGCAGUAUUCGAUUCACAUAAUAAUCAUACAAAUGAUAAAGGUGAACUGGAUCCAUUACCAAAUUUGUAUUCGUUGCAUUCGUGGAUUGGACUGACUUCUGUCAUCGCUUUCUUCUUGCAGUACUUUGUUGGUUUCGCAACAUUCUUCUUCCCUGGAUGGAACAUCACGAUGCGUCAAUUUAUACUUCCAUAUCAUCAGGCAUUCGGUCUUAUCUUGCUCUGCUUCCUUGGAAUUACAGGAGUAAUGGGUAUCACUGAACAAGCAGCAUGGCAUCACAAAUGUUGGACUGUUGAUCAUGUAAUGUGCGGUCAACAAUUCCUCAGUAUUUUUCUUGGUAUUUUCAUUCUGAUGUUUGUUAUGUGCAUCGUAAUAAUCAUUCUGAAUCCUCGAUGGCAUCGUCAACCAUUACCCGAAGAAGGAUCAUUACAUCGUCUAACAAAUAUCGAUUAA